UGGCAUUUCGCUCCGUGGCUUACCGCAGGAUGAACACGCGCGUUGUGAAAUUUAAUUUGCUACCCAUUAUUCUGGGAUUGAUAGGCCCCGGGUUGUUUCGGCUUUGUGUGUCCCUUCAGUGCGGUAUUCCACGCGUCCGUCACGAAGCGCUGAUAGUGAGAGGUGGCGCCACCCGCCAUGGCGAGUGGCCUUGGCAUGCAGCCAUUCACCAUCGCACCAGUCCAGGAUCCAUUGUUGAGUACGCCUGUGGUGGAUCUUUGAUUAGUCAUCAAUUUGUGCUGACCGCGGCCCACUGUACCGUCAAUCAAAACACCGGAAACAAACUGUCGCGAGGAGGACUGUUCGUCCGUUUGGGAGUGCACAAUCUGGAGAGCAUUGAUCCGGAGAUCGCACAACAGUAUUCGGUGAAAAAUGUGUACCCGUUUGAUAAGUUUAGCAGACAAAAUAUGCGUAAUGACAUCGCGUUGUUGGAAUUGAACGAAUCGGUGCAACUGACCGACUAUGUUGUUCCGGUGUGUAUCAACAGGCAGUUCAAUCUGACGAACGAUGUCGGCACAAGUGUGGGUUGGGGUUUAACGGAAAACGAUGAAGUGUCCCCGGUUUUGAGACUGGCUCGGUUGCCUGUUAUUGAUGACAUUGAUUGUUUGGAAAGUGAUCGCGAUCUGUUCGGCAAAAAAUUCCACAAAGGGAUGUUUUGUGCUGGCCAUACCAAUGGUACUUCUGUGUGUAACGGGGAUAGUGGUGGCGGUCUGUUCUUCAAACGCGGUGAAGCCUGGUAUGUAGGGGGUAUUGUGUCGUUCAGCAAAAUCCGAGAAGACGGUAGCAAUUUGUGCUACACAGAAGGUUAUGCUGGUUUCACCAAAGUUGCGUGGUACUUAACUUGGAUAAGCAAUGUCACUGGGAUUGACUUAGACGGCGAUGGGUAUCCUAAUCCAAAACCAGUUAUCAAACGAAAGAUGGUUCCAUAUCUACCAAGGUUGAGCGAUGAAAAAUGUCUGGAGUAUCAACAAUCUAGAACCCCGGACUCAAAUGACAGGAACAUUGUUGUGAUUCGCGAUCAAGGUGUGCAGACAUGUCUGGCAAACGUCAUAAGCGAACGAUAUCUCUUAAGCACGGGUAGUUGCGUUCGCCGCACAAUUGACCAAGCGUCCUUUACUGCGGAAUUUUACACCAAUCGGUACAAUUUCCGCUUACACAAUCUAAAGCCAAUGCUCCAUCCAAACCAGUCCACUACCACAAGUGGUGGCGUUCCCCGAGAUAGCGUAGUCUUGAUAGAUUUGGGACGCGACCGCGAUGAAUUGAAACCAGAUAUUGCCUGCCUUUGGACGGAUCCCAACGAAAUCACGAAAGACGUCGUCAAGGGCGUUAUUUGGCCAACGGAGAUUGGCAGUGGGGCACCGUUUAACAUUAGCGAAACGCACGAUGGGAAAGCGAUCACAACCAGUGAGAAUAUAUCCUGUGAUGAUGAUAGGAUCAUUCUGGGAGUACGAAUAUCGCUGCGGAAGGUGGGUGAAAGUUACUACCGGAUGGUUGGACCGUUGAUCCAUUGCGAGACGUCCAUGUACGCCAGGCUAACCGGCUAUUUGGAUUGGAUCGAGGAGACUGUGUGGCCCAAAAGAACACAUACGUAGUGCGUGAUUCUGCUGAUACAUUUUGUGUCAAAAAGCCGAAAUGGGCCGUGUUGUGGAAAUCAUCAAUAGAAGAAUUGAUUUCUUCAUUUGAAAUAAAGUAUAUCUAAUUGGUUAAAAAUGUUCAGAUCCACUCAAACAAGUCAUCAUUCCGGAAUAAUACUCAAAGAUUCUUACCAAAAAAUCAUUUUUUCUGUCAAAUUCAAUUGAUUUAUGAAGAACAAAUAGAAAAAAUCAUUCAAUAUAAGACCAUCGCUCCGAAAAGCAAUCGAUAGUUUCUAACUUCACCAGCUCGAGGAUCUCAAGCUUUCCCCCUAAACAAAGACAGGAAUUUGUAUUGUUUCGUUUUGUUAUUACUCUAUAAAGUAUACCCAAACAGGUCAAGCAGCUACCAAGCAAAAUUGCGAAAAGGCUUCAAGGCGAAGCGAAAUUCAAGUGCUUUCUUUUUUUUUAUCUGUAUUAUAGUGAUUUUCAACUCAUUUGGCUGGUUCGUCACUUGUACUUCCAUUUUUGGAAGAAUGUCGGGAGUGAGAAUUGAACUCGUGACCUUCAGCGUGAGAGGCAUGGAUGUUACCACUACGCCAGAUCGCCUCCUCUCAAGUGCUUUCUUGCACCUUUCACGGGAAUGUGGAGUCAUAUCGACGUAAUUCCGCGUUGCUGUCUUCUGGAACCCUUUUGCAUCCACAUUCCUACUCGCUCAUCGUCGAACCGUUGUUGUUGUUGUCGAGAACGAGAACCCCGAAUGAACAACGGAAAUUAUAGAAUCCACCCGUUUGGCUUUAUUAUAAAGGUAUGCGAGCAAAAGUUUUUCUGUCUGCCUUUUCGCUUGUUGCCCUGCGGCAAACAAAUCAAACUUGAUUGAAGUUUUUUGUCCGUUAUUUGUCCUCUGCCAUUCCGUUCUCUCUCUCUCUCUCUCUCUCUCUCUCUCUUGUAUGGUAUCAACAACAGAAUAUUAUGAGAACAAUAAUGAUUCUUUAAUUUAGUCUUUGAUAUAAAUCGCGGCCUCAAUAAGAGAGAUACUAAAUAAUGGCCACCUUACUAGUGAUGGCACGUUCGUUCGGAAAAUUGAUUGUCGAAUAAAGAGCCUACUUCAAGUUCUGUUCUCAACAUGAUGAAACUUUUACCGAAACAAUAAGUUUAGAACGAUGAUCGCUCGGUCACAAGCAGCGGGUCGUAAACGCGCGUAAUAUAAGUUUGUAUAUCAUGAAUACCAAAAACACGUGCGCGAAAUCAUCGGAGAUCACCCAAAAUGGCAUCCGUUUCGUCUGGCACAAAUCUACUAAUAUCGGAAAAAAGUGCCGAGAAUCCGUUUCCCUUUUUUUAACCUAAAAUCACAAUUUCCUUACCACCCACUUCUAAGCACCUGAAUGUAUAAGCUUGGUCUUUUUAGGGAAAUUAGUCAGUAGAAGAUAAAUACCUGGGUCAUGCGGAGUCAAUGAAGUAUUUUUUUCAAGUUUAUUUUGCUUGAAAAAAAAUAUUAUCUUAGAACUUUUUUCCCCUCAUACUAUCUGUCAAAUAUUUCUCCGAUCAAAGAAUCAAACGUUUUCGUGACUCGGACUUAGUUUAUUAACGUUUGUGUCUGAAGCAGAACUUUACUCAGCCAAAUGUGGCCAAUUUGAUUGAAAGAGGCGUUGUUCAGUGAAAAACUGUUCUGCCCAUGUUUGCAUAGGAGACGUAAUCACCAACACCAUUAGUGUUGGAAAAGCUUUUUUUUUUUGGCCUACAAGCAUAACCCUGCAAAUUUACAAUGAAAGUAUCUGUCCAUUUGAAGGAUAUUAGUGGCAAAAAGAGAGCCUACUAGCAGAGAAGAGAAGUGGAACUUGAGAGAAAAAAGUGGCAACGAUUUGUGGCAAGAAAAUGUAAACAGUGAAAAAAUUGACAGAUAGUUUACGCUCUAAAAAUUGAACAUAAUGUUAAGAUGUCUCUAAAAGGGUGGGAGACAUCAUAUAUAACAUGGGAGGUUCGUAUAUAAUGUUAUGAAUGUUAGCAUCAUCAUGAUAAACACGGCGAAUGGGAUAGAAAUUACGAACCGAAAUUGAAUAAAAUAUUCAUAUAGACGCUAAAACGCUGUGGAUAUAUAUUAUAAUGCAUUUCUAUCGGUUUAUGUAUAAUGCAUUAUCAAAAUAAAUCCAUAUGUAUUUUAAUAAUAAUUUGCUGUGCUAUUCAUAACAACAUUUAUGAUCGUAUUCCACCAAUGAUGACAAAUGUGUAAUUUACGAAUGAAGCUUCGCCAUAGAAACUGAACAUUGAAUAAAAAAAUUAAAAUGUGGUAAGAGCAUCAGUUGAAAUAU